UUUCGUUGAACUCGAUAAGCUCCUCUCCUCUCUCUUUUGCCACUCUAUCCUCUCUUUUCUUUUCUUUGAGCUUCUUUCAAUGGAUUCCAACUUAAUCUUCUUGUCUCCAAAAUUCCAAACCCCAAAUUUCCUACCUUCUUACCCAUUCUCCUCUUCCACUACCCGUCCUCUAAUCAGCCGACAAUUCCUUGGUUUCACUCACUCCCUCUGGCAUCCCGGAGGUGCUUCUUCCCUCCGAAAGAAACGCAAAAACUUGGCCUUUCUGCGCUUCCAACCUCCCCGCUUUGUUUCCAGAGCUUCUAUCGACUCCAAUUUGGUUUUCGUUGUCAUCGGUGUAACCGCUUUAUCUGCUUUAUCUCUUGCUUUCUAUAAUCAAUUUUUUAGAAAGAGUCAGACUUCAAAAAAGGUAUCUGGUUCGUCACGUUCUGCCUUACGUCAACAACGACAAGGAAAAGAUGUGGUGAUCCAGACUGCUGACCAUCAGAUUUUGGAAACGGGGGAUCUUCAAAGGGAUACUUUUGCAAAAGAAAAUGGCGGUUUGACAGAGCACAUGAAGGAAGUGAAUGAUGCUUCUGAAAGUAAAGAGGUGCUUUUGCAAGAAACUGCUGUGGUGAAUGGUGAUUCCAUGUUGACUAAGGCAUCAGAGUCGAAUGGUGCUGAUUUUCUUGCAUUUAAUGCUAAUGAUUCUGAUGUUCUUGAAGAAUCUGGAACUACUGUUCUACCUCUUCAACCUACUGUGCUGCUUGAAUCAGGAGCAGGACAGCCAUUUACCUUUGCAACACAAAGGUCAGGACUUCAUUUGGAAGAACGAGUAAAUGAAUUUGAAGCUGAUUACCCUAGACUAGCUGUGGAACCCAAGUCUAGUGCUUCUUCUGUACUAGUAGAAGAUGCUGUUGUCCUUAUCGGAGAAGAUAAAGUUAGAAAUUAUGACAUAUUCAGAGAAUCCGGCAGAGAAGAGCUUCACACCUUCUACGAGGCUGAUCACUUGGUGGCAAAAUCUUCAUCAAACUUGACUCUAAAACCAGUGUCUUCUCAUUUUCUCUCUUCAAAUAGCAAUAAGUUUUCUUCACUGAAGCUGAAGCUGAACAGUGAACUAAACAAAGAUGCAUUAUCAGCGAAGAAUUCUCUCCAAACAGCAGAUAUGGUUGAAGGAAAAGUAACUCAGGCAAAUUUCCAAGGGGGCUUUUCUCACAAAAGAAAACACUUGGGAAGGGGUAGGGAGUCUCCAAGAGACAAGGGAAAAAAACACUUGAUUCAGGAGAAGGAUACAAAGUUGGCCCAGUUUCCCUUCCCAAAUGGGGAGCUUGCUAAUGACAAGCACCAUCCCGAAGAGUAUUUGAGUUAUUACAAUCAUUUACUAAGAUGUGGAAGGUUAAGUGACUCUGUUGAUUUGCUUGAAGAUAUGGAACAAAAAGGUUUACUGGAUAUGGAUAAGGUUUAUCAUGCAAAGUUUUUCAAAAUCUGCAGUAAGCAAAAGGCUGUAAAAGAAGCUUUCCGCUUCACAAAGCUGAUUGCAAAUCCAACAUUGAGUACAUUUAAUAUGCUGAUGUCUGUAUGUGGAUGUUCUAAAGAUUCUGAGGGAGCCUUCCAAGUUUUACGGCUUGUCCAGGAAGCUGGGUUCCAAGCUGAUUGUAUACUAUACACUACAUUAAUAUCUACAUGUGCCAAAAGUGGAAAGGUUGAUACAAUGUUUGAGGUGUUUCAUGAGAUGGUUAAUUCUGGAGUGGAACCUAAUGUUAAUACAUAUGGAGCUCUGAUUGAUGGUUGUGCCAGAGCUGGGCAAGUGCCCAAGGCAUUUGGUGCUUAUGGAAUAAUGAGAUCUAAGAAUGUAAAGCCAGACCGGGUUGUAUUCAAUGCACUUAUUACUGCAUGUGGUCAAUCUGGAGCAGUGGAUCGUGCUUUUGAUGUGUUGGCAGAAAUGAUGGCUGAAACACAGCCUAUAGAUCCUGAUCACAUAACUGUUGGUGCAUUGAUAAAGGCAUGUUCAAAUGCUGGUCAGGUUGAGCGGGCACGGGAAGUAUAUAAGAUGAUGCAUAAAUUCAACAUUAGGGGCACUCCCGAAGUUUAUACAAUUGCCGUUAAUUGUUGCAGCCAGACUGGAGAUUGGGAGUUUGCUUGCGGUGUCUAUAAUGACAUGAAAAAGAAAGGUGUAGCUCCUGAUGAGGUAUUUAUCAGUGCAUUAAUAGAUGUCGCUGGGCAUGCGGGAAAGCUGGAUGCUGCUUUCGAAUUGCUACAGGAAGCAAAGAAUCAUGGGAUAAAUAGUGGAAUUGUGUCAUAUAGUUCAUUGAUGGGGGCCUGCAGCAAUGCUAGAAACUGGCAAAAGGCGCUGGAGUUGUAUGAGAAUAUAAAGGCUCUUAAACUGAAGUUAACGGUUUCUACGGUUAAUGCUUUAAUUACUUCCUUGUGUGAAGCAAAUCAACUGCCUAAGGCCAUGGAAGUUUUGUCAGAGAUGGAGGAGUCGGGAUUGAGCCCAAAUAUUAUCACAUACUCCAUACUUUUGGUGGCAAGUGAAAGAAAUGGUGAUCUUGAAGUAGGCCUCAUGCUUCUCUCUAAGGCAAGAGAUGACGGGAUUGCACCUAACCUUGUUAUGUCCAGAUGCAUAAUUGGCAUGUGCUUGCGAAGGUUUGUGAAAGCUUGCGCAGUUGGUGAGCCUGUUCUGUCUUUUAAUUCAGGACGACCACAUAUUGAAAACAAAUGGAUGUCAGUAGCCCUGACAGUCUACCGUGAAACUAUUGAUGCUGGUACAGUACCAACCAUGGAAGUUGUUUCAAAAAUUUUAGGAUGUUUGCAGCUCCCUCGUGAUGAUUCUUUGAGAAGUAGACUUGUCGAGAACCUUGAAGUUAUUGCUGAUCCAUCAAGGAGCUCUAGCCUUGGUUCAUUGAUAGAUGGAUUUGGUGAAUAUGAUCCUCGUGCUUUUUCGUUACUUGAGGAGGCUGCUUCUUUUGGGAUUGUUCCAUGUGUAUCCUUCAAAGAAAGUCCUAUUGUCGUAGAUGCAAGAGAGUUGCAAAUUAAUACAGCGGAGGUUUAUCUCUUAACUAUAUUGAAAGGACUCAAGCAUCGGCUUGCUGCUGGUGCAAAAUUACCUAGCAUAUCCAUCUUAUUGCCCUUGGAGAAGGCACAAAUCUUGACAUCUGGAGGAGAGAAAUCAAUUAAUGUUGCCGGAAGGAUGGGCCAGGCAAUUGCAGCGCUAUUGAGAAGGAUUAAACUACCAUACCAAGGGAAUGAAUCCUAUGGAAAAAUCAGAAUCAAUGGCCUUGCACUAAGAAAAUGGUUUCAACCAAAACUCGCUUCUCCGUUCACUGGAAAACCAGGUGAGUGGAACGCUUCCCAAAUGCGACUGGGAAAAGGAAUCUCCCACCAGCAACGCAACAUUCGAACUGGCAAUCUGUCUUUGCAUUAAGAGUAGAAUCUUCAGAACUGAUGCCCUUUUAGCAAUUUAAUCAAGGACUUCUACUUCAUGCCCCUGAAUUUUUUCUGCUUGCUACUUUGGAAUUCAAGAAAAAGUCAGAAAGCUCCCUUCUUCCACUAAUUAGAAUUGCUGAGUAGUGGAUGGGAGGAAAUAUAGAGAAUUUGAUCUCAUAGUCAUUUUGUGUAAAGAGGAUGGUAGGUGGGGUUGUAUUUUAAUUUCCUUUUUGUGAAGCAUAACAAGUGAUUGGGUGAUAAAUGCUAGUUGAUUCUGAGCCAGCCUUCUCUGUCUAUACUGAUUUUUGGUUCAUAAGAAUCUGUAUGAGGGUUAUUACAUUAGGUUA